AUGCUCCCCCUGUCCCCCACACCACCAGCCACACCAAACUCCCCCUGUCCCCCAUACCACCAGCCACACCAAGCUGUCCUCCUGUCCCCCACACCACCAGCCACACCAAGCUGUCCCCUGUCCCCCACACCACCAGCCACACCAAGCUGUCCCCCUGUCCCCACACCAUCAGCCACACCAAGCUGUCCUCCUGUCCCCCACACCACCAGCCACACCAAGCUGUCCCCCUGUCCCCCACACCACCAGCCACACCAAGCUGUCCUCCUGUCCCCCACACCACCAGCCACACCAAGCUGUCCCCCUGUCCCCCACACCACCAGCCACACCAAGCUGUCCCCCUGUCCCCCACACCACCAGCCCCACCAAACUCCCCCUGUCCCCCAAACCACCAGCCACACCAAGCUGUCCUCCUGUCCCCCACACCACCAGCCACACCAAGCUGUCCCCCUGUCCCCCACACCACCAGCCACACCAAGCUGUCCCCCUGCCCCCCACACCACCAGCCACACCAAGCUGUCCCCCUGUCCCCAACACCACCAGCCACACCAAGCUGUCCCCCUGUCCCCCACACCACCAGCCACACCAAGCUGUCCUCCUGUCCCCCACACCACCAGCCACACCAAGCUGUCCCCCUGUCCCCCACACCACCAGCCACACCAAGCUGUCCCCCUGCCCCCCACACCACCAGCCACACCAAGCUGUCCCCCUGUCCCCAACACCACCAGCCACACCAAGCUGUCCUCCUGUCCCCCACACCAUCAGCCACACCAAGCUGUCCUCCUGUCCCCCACACCACCAGCCACACCAAGCUGUCCUCCUGUCCCCCACACCACCAGCCACACCAAGCUGUCCCCCUGCCCCCAUACCAUCAGCCACACCAAGCUGUCCUCCUGUCCCCCACACCACCAGCCACACCAAGCUGUCCCCCUGCCCCCCACACCACCAGCCACACCAAGCUGUCCCCUGUCCCCCACACCACCAGCCACACCAAGCUGUCCCCCUGCCCCCAUACCACCAGCCACACCAAGCUGUCCCCCUGUCCCCACACCACCAGCCACACCAAGCUCUCCUUGUGUAAAUGUAAGGCUGGAAAAUUCUCAAGCAAAAACUUAG